AUUGUGUUUCGCCUGUGACAUCACUGGUUCCCAUGGCAGCCUGGUCGUCUCCAGGGAAACGGGAAGCGUCAACAGCAACGGUCCAAACGUUCAAUUAGCAGUAGCUACAUUUACAUUAUUAACUUUUGCGGUUUCGAGGUAGUAGUUGUAUUUUUUCUGGGAUAACAGCGUGAAUUUGUGUUUUUCUGAAUGGAGUGUCUUGGAGUAUCAUCCGUUCAGAACCUACAGGCUCUGUCCGCCUUGUUGUCAACUCAGCAGGAUGAUGAUGAGGAGGAGGAGGACAGCAAAAAUGUGACGGCCUGUGCACGUCUGGGUCCUGGACACAUUGGUCCCGCUCGUAAAAAAGAUAAAGAAGUGUCAACUGCCUAUGUGAAGAAGAACAGCAAAGAUAUCUGGAGUGAGGAAGAGGUGGCUGAAGGCUCCCAGUAUGACGAUCUGACAGACCCGCGGCCACAGCCUGAGUAUGAAAUAAUUCUGAAGCAGAGCGUGGGCACAGAGGAUCUGUUCUUGGGCUUGAGCGGGAAGGACCCGUCCUCCAUGUGCUGUGAAGCCAUGCUGGUGAAAAUCAAACUUCCAGACACUAAAGCAACAGAUGUGGUCCUGGAUGUGAAAGAGAAGUUCCUUGAUCUACGGACGCCGAAAUACAAACUGGGUCUCCAUCUCCCACACCCCAUCCACAGCCAGGAGGGCAAGGCUCAGUUCUUCAGUGAGAGAGAGGAACUGGAGGUGACUCUGUUACUGAAACGCUCCAUGGAUUUUAUCAGAUAAGGAAGAAUGACAACACACUACAAGUAUUCAGAGGAAAACAAAGAAGAUGUGACACAACAGAGAUCAUACAUACUGCCUUCUUUAUGGGUUAAGAAAAAAGGAAUAGAGAUACGAUCAGUCUAAAGUCUGUUUAUUUCCUGAAAUUCACAUUAUGCAAAUGUUGAGUUCAUGCUGUUAUUGCAUAUUUCACCACUGAUUCUGUGAGUAUUAAGAUAUGAUUCUAUUAUAAAUAUUUGUCUUAUUAUGUGACUGCCUUAUUACCUGAUAGCUACAGAUGUACAGACUCCAUCUCUUCCUCUUCCCAACGCAGUUAUGUACAGUAUUCCUCAGUAAUACAUGGCUCCAAUUUUGGCCCCAAUAAAUCAGGGCUUUGAACCAUAUAAGCACAAUAUCAACUCAUUGAUGAAUAGUUUAUACACAGGACUCCUUUUGUGAUCAAGUAAUAAAAUAGGACUGUAUUGUCACAUUAAAUCAAA